UUCCCUUAACAAACAUGGCUACCUCAGAUCCCACCACAUAGGUUAAUGCCCGGAACUACCGAACCGCUUUCGUCCAUCCUCCGCAAAACCGGAAGAAGUUGAUGGUGGCUGGCGAGGCCCAAACUUCCUUCGUCUCACCCCCGUUUUUCUCUCUCUCCCCGCCUCCUCCGCGGGAGCUGAGCGCCAAACUCAAACUCUAUCCGGACCUGUAAUCUUUCAGGCUUGUACCAAGGGCCGAGCCUGUUGGGCUUUUCCACGCAGCAGCCGGGGCAGCGGGCCAGUAUGAGCCAAGUUCUGUUCCAGCAACUAGUCCCAUUGCAGGUGAAAUGCAAAGACUGCGAAGAGAGGAGAGUAAGUGUUAGAGUGAGCAUUGAACUACAAUCAGUUUCUAAUCCAGUUCACAGAAAGGACUUAGUUAUCCGUCUGACUGAUGACAUGGAUCCAUUUUUUCUAUAUAACCUUGUUAUAUCUGAGGAAGAUUUUCAAAGUUUAAAAUUCCAGCAAGGUCUUCUGGUAGACUUCUUAGCUUUCCCACAAAAAUUUAUAGAUCUCCUUCAGCAGUGUACUCAAGAACACACCAAAGAAAUUCCAAGGUUUUUACUACAGUUAGUUUCUCCAGCAGCUAUUUUGGAUAACUCACCUGUAUCUUUAAAUGUGGUAGAAACAAACCCUUUUAAGCAUCUUACACACCUCUCACUAAAACUUUUACCUGGAAAUGAUGUGGAGAUAAAGAAAUUUCUAGCAGGCUGUUUGAAAUGUAGCAAGGAAGAAAAAUUAUCAUUGACACAAUCACUAGAUGAUGUUACUAGGAAACUGAACUUCACGCAAAAGACAUUAUCAGAAAAAAUCCAAGAAUUAGAUAAGUUACGGAACGAAUGGGCAUCACACACGGCAGCAUUGUCAAAUAAGCACUCUCAGGAACUAACAAAUGAGAAGGAAAAAGCCUUGCAGGCACAGGUUCAAUAUCAACAGCAGCAUGAACAACAGAAAAAAGAUCUAGAAAUUCUCCAUCAACAAAACAUCCAUCAGCUACAAAACAGAGUGUCUGAGUUAGAAGCAGCUAAUAAAGACCUAACUGAAAGAAAAUAUAAAGGAGACUCCACUAUUAGAGAACUUAAAGCAAAACUUUCUGGUGUUGAAGAGGAGUUGCAGCGAACUAAGCAAGAAGUCCUGUCUUUGCGAAGAGAGAAUUCUACACUAGAUGCUGAAUGCCAUGAGAAAGAAAAGCAUAUUAAUCAGCUACAAACAAAAGUGGCAGUUUUAGAACAGGAAAUCAAGGAUAAGGACCAGCUUGUUUUAAGAACAAAAGAAGCAUUUGAUACAAUCCAGGAACAGAAGGUGGCCUUAGAAGAAAAUGGGGAGAAAAAUCAAGUACAGCUAGGAAAACUUGAAGCUACAAUAAAAUCAUUAUCAGCAGAACUUCUGAAGGCAAAUGAAAUUAUCAAGAAGUUACAAGGAGAUCUGAAAACUCUAAUGGGUAAGUUGAAACUGAAGAAUACAGUUACUAUUCAGCAGGAAAAACUCUUGGCUGAGAAAGAGGAAAAAUUACAAAAGGAGCAAAAGGAAUUACAAGAUGUUGGACAGUCUCUUCGAAUUAAAGAGCAAGAGGUGUGCAAGUUACAAGAACAAUUAGAAGCUACAGUUCAAAAACUUGAAGAAAGCAAACAGCUUUUAAAAAAUAAUGAAAAGUUAAUCACAUGGUUAAAUAAAGAAUUAAAUGAAAAUCAGCUGGUGAGAAAGCAAGACGUAUUGGUACCUUCUACUACUCCACCUGCACAUUCUAGCAGCAACACAAUCAGAAGUGGAAUUUCUCCUAACUUGAAUGUGGUUGAUGGUAGACUAACUUACCCAACUUGUGGGAUUGGCUAUCCUGUCUCCUCUGCAUUUGCAUUUCAAAAUACCUUUCCUCAUUCCAUAUCUGCCAAAAAUGCCCUCCACUCAGUUUCAGGACCAAAGGUUCAGUUUAACUUGCAAUUUACAAAACCAAAUACAUCGCUAGGAGAUGUUCAGUCAGGAGCAACUAUGCCUUGCUCAGCUGAUAAGGAAAAUGGUGAAAAUUUAGGGCUGGAAUCCAAAUACCUGAAGAAAAGGGAAGAUAGCAUUCCUUUACGUGGACUCAGCCAGAAUCUAUUUAGUAAUUCAGACCAUCAGAAAGAUGGCACUCUGGGAGCACUACAGACAUCUUCCAAACCCACAGUGCUCCCUUCUACAUCUUCAGCAUAUUUCCCUGGGCAGUUACCAAACAGUUAAUUCCAAUGUCAUGUUUUACUUUUUAUUGACAUUUUUAGAAACUCAGGUGGUUUAAAAAUGUUAACAUAAAUCCUAAACAAGCAAGUUUCAAAUUUAUUUCAGCUAUUGUAGAUUGUUUGGAUUCUUUAUUAAGUGCUGCUGUCAUUUAUGGCAGUUGAUAGGGACAAAUUUGUACUCAGGGAUUGGUAAAGAUUCUGAGUAAAUGACUUUUGGUUUGUGGACAUGGUGCUUUAUAGGGUAAUAGUAUGAAUUUUAUUAAAUUAAUCCUUAGAAAUUCAGUUCUAAGGAAAGAGUUGAUCCUUAUAAGGGAGAUUCUAAUCAUUUUGAAAAUCUGAGUAAAUUAAAACUUGCUUAGAAUGUAAUAGUAUGAAACCAAAGAAUGAUAAUAAUUCAUUUUUAUCAUUUUCAUCGGUAAGUUUUAAAUUUACCACCUGAAAAUUAUGAGGGAAAAUUAUCUCCUAAAAUAUCUAUUAUUGAUGAUGUUUACAUUAAAGGGAAAAAUCCUAAAUUAACCUUAAAAGACUGAAAUGAAUUAAGCCUUAAUAGCAAGUAAAUGUAUUUUCCUUGAAAUACUUAUUGAAUGAAUCUACUAAAUGAAUGUGAUAUAUUUGUAAAACUAAUUUGGAGAGUGUAUUUACAUGACUAGAUCAGGUAUACAGUGCUUUAAGUCAUUUGAAGUGAAAGGAUUUUAGUGCUUCCUGAAAGUUUUUACUCAUCCAAUUUUUCUCAAUUUGGAUUUUUAUUAGUUAUGCAGUUAAGUCUGUAUUGGUGGAAUUUUGUUUUAAAAAUUGGCAUCAUAUAAAAUCUUUACUAUAAGAGCAUCAUGAAUAUUCACUGUAUUUGUUUUUAUAAUAUCAAAACUUUGGUUGAUUUUAAUAUUAAUAAAGUAGGCAAAACAAAUAACUGUUAGAAGUUAUAAGUUUCUUCUCUUCCUUAUAAGAUUCCAGUAAGAAUUGUUUCUUGGAAAAAAUUAGGUGAUUUAAAAAACUCACCCAGAAUCAUAGGGCCCACCAGUGUUUUCUUGUUGACAACCAUCCAAUACCAAGUAGCAUUCUUUUGUGUCUUCCAAAUCAAUUUUUGUUUGCACAGUGCUAACGCUCAUGUGAUAGUUUUAAAUUAUAUUCAAGUACUUUA